AUAAAAAUGUUGAGGGCCCCAAAAACGGCUCUCAUCCACGAAGCGUCUUGGCACGGGCCUGUCGCAGUAGAUCACAUGAUCGAUGACGUAUUGACGCAUGCGCACGAAAGUCCCGCCCGAAGAGCGUUCUCUCUGAUUCGUAAAUGACUGUACCAGACUGUAGUUGACUGUACCGCGAUACUCUGCGUGGCAACAUACGCGGACGUGCGUAUACUCGCGUGCGGUGGAGGGUGUACCGGUGUAAGAAGCUAGAAUGCGCGCGCACUGUUACCGAAUACGAGCGUGAACUUCCUUGCAGCAGAGCAGCUCGAGAACACAGCGGGAAGGGAUUCGUGAUUCGUCGGCGUAUUACUCUCGCGAGCGAGCGAGCGAGCGAGCGAGGUGAAGGCCGGCGGAGCGAGAGAAACACCGAGGGAGAACGCAAAGGGGCUGAAGAGAAAAAGGAGGGGGGGAGAAGUGGAAGAAGAACAAGGAGGAGUGAGAGGUCCGAGCGGCGAGUGGUGCUGUCGGCGGUCGCGGAAGGAGAUCGUCGUCGAGGGAAUCGUAGAAGCCGAAGGCGGGCUGCGCGCCAAAGUGUACCGUGGAGGUAUUAUGCGUCGGCUCGGCAUGAAGAACAAGCGUAGAAAGUCGGAAACGGCGAGCGACAGCGAGGCGGAGGAAAAUGUCGGCGCACGCGCGUCCAGCGACAACGGCGAGACGCAGACCGGUAGGAACAACAACAACGCACAAAAGUCCGCCACGAAGAGACGCUCGUCGCGCGGUGCAUCGCUGCAGAAGCCGGUGGCGCAGGCGGACAACGACGCCGAGACGGCGGAUGCCGUCAACGCUGCGUCGGCGGAGCCAGAAGAGCGGGAAAACGGCGAGAAGAAACAGCCUCCGAAUAAGCGCCGAAAGAAGGAGGAUCCACGAGCGUCCACCUCCGCCCGCGACAAGUCCGGGCCUGAGGACGAGUAUGAGGUUGCAAGACUCAUCAAUAUUCGUACCAUUAAAGGUCGUCGACAAUUUUUGGUAAGGUGGAAGGGAUAUGGAGAAUCCGCAGACACUUGGGAAAAUGAGAAGGAUUUGAAUUGUCCUACGUUGAUAGAAGACUUUCUAAUGGAAGAAAAAGAUAAGGAAAGAGAAAUGAGGUCGACGAAAACAGUAUCGGCCAAAACAGAUAAAUCUAAAAAGUCUAAAAGUAUUCCCAAGAAACAAACAGAUAAUGACGAGCAAAAUAACAAAGGCGAUAAAGAGACCUCGAAGGAAUUUGAGGUCGAGAAAAUAAUUGAGGUACGUUUUAAGAAAAAUGGCACAAAGGAAUUCUUAAUUAGAUGGAAAGGAUUCAGUACAGCCGACGACACGUGGGAACCAGAAAAGAAUCUGAAUUGUCCAGAACUCAUCGCCAGAUUUAUGCAGAAGGUAGAAAAAGCAAAGACCUCCGAAAUGCGAGAACUCAGAACUAAUCCGGCACACACUAAACGAUACACGUUGUCGACACGCGACCACGGAAGAAGAUUAUCAAAACGUAACAGAGACAAGCAAAGGGCGACUUAUCAUGAAUGUGAUGACUGAAGAACAUCGCAGUCUCAACAUCUUUAUUUUUAAAGAAUAAAUAUAAAUAUAUAUAGUCUGUAGUUUAAAAAAAGAGUGAAAGAUAAUUUGAGAGGAAAAAAAUAUAUCAAAACAUGAAUAAUUUGCUAUUACAAUAUUAGAAGCAUACAGCGUAUGCACGUCCUCCUCGAGGAAGUGAAGGCUCCGUGUGAAUAAGAUGCGUAUAUAUAUAUGUAUAUAUAUAUAUAUAUAUAUAUAUAUACAAAGUUCACACAUACAUACACAUGCAAGUGUUUAUUAAUGCAAAAAGACUAGAGUUUUCAGGAUAUUUAUAUUACCAAACGCGAUUUGUGACUUAGUGGUUUAUUUGAAUGUGUAACACAAAGGGAAAGGUUUAUAUUGUGAUUUCUCGCUUUUGACAUCAUAACGGGCUAAGAGAGCCGAAAAACUGAACGAAAGAGAUGAAAAGAAUAAUUAAAAUUUAAUAAAAUGUAUGAAGUGUAGGAAAGAGAAAGUAUUACUUUCUCCUGCGUGACGUAUGCGUCUUGAAAGAUGUGCACAGAAUAUAUAAGUUAUGUUCGAGUAAUGUCGCAUUUAUUAUUCUACAUUACGGUUACGACAUGUAUUCACAAAUUUGAAAUCAACAAAAAUAUUUUGUAUUUGAAAUCUUUAUCCAUUAUCUUUAACUACUACUAUGUAAUAUUAAUUUUACGAUGUAAGGUGCAAUCGUAACAUCUUUGACAGAUUUUUAAAAAGAUAGAAGCUAUCGGUACAUGUACGUCCCAAUGGAAAAAAAAACUAAUUUUGUCGAAACAGUAUAAAGUUCUCAUUAUAACUUUAGCAUAAGGAAAUUAAAAGAAAAACACUCGUGUUUAAGAA